UGCCUUGAAGUUUCCGGCUUGUUUUUGAUUGUGACCCGGAACCUAACCCACCCAUUACCCAUAGUUUAGAGACAAUUUUUCCACUUUUCAAAGCCAAGGUCGUCCUUUUGGAAUUUGGAAAUUUCCUUGCUAGUCCUCUUCUUCUGUUCUGUUCUCUAAGUCAGUCAACUGCGAAAUCAAAGCCGUUCGUAUCAAAGACUUUUCAACCUCCCAAGCAAUCUGGUGCUCAAAGAUUGGAUUUUUACUGCUACCCAUCUGGUUGUUCCUCCUAUUUCUCCAAAAGAAUUAAGUCAAUUAACCAUAAGCCCUGGUGCUCUUUCCAGUUUUCCUUUGUGGGUUUUGUGAUUUGAUUCCUCUGGCUCUGCAAGCUUUGAUUUGUUCUACCAAAUUCGAGUUGCGGCAACAGGAAGCUCGAGUUUCACUUCGUGGGUUUCAAUUAGAUCAAGUUUUGACUGCUUCAAUCUCAGGACGCACCGACUGUUUUGGAGGUUUUUGAUACUUACCCUUAUGCUUGUUCCCUCUGUUCUCAAAUGGGUUGGUGAUAUUUUUUGAAGUUUAUAGACUUAGUUUUUCUUGUUUAAGAGGAUAAAGACUUCGUUUUUAGUUUCAAGUUCUGGGUUUCCUGUUUAUGCAUAUGUGGUUUCUGAACUCUGUGAAGCUAUGAAUGGUGUGACUGUAAUUGUCAUAUGAAGUGUGUUUGAUGCCAUCUCUGCCGUUGGUUUUACUCUAUGGCUAAUAUUAAGAAAAACCGUCUAAAAGAUGAAGUGGCUUUUCGCCGUUUCUUGCCAUUGGUUUCAAUUACAUUGUUAGGGGUUUUCCUGUUGAUGUUCCUUCUGAGAAUUAAUUCAAAUUUUGCCACACCAUCUUCGGAUGAUUUUAGUCAGGUAUUGACAAAUCGUUCACAUGCUAGACAUAUGCUUAGCCUCCCCAAGCAGACUGAAUUCUCACUUCAGUUGGAAAAGAGAAAUCAGAUGCCUCCCAGGAACUUAGAUCUAUAUCCAAGUCUAGACAAGGAUCACAUAACUAUUGUUCUUUAUGUACACAAUCGGCCCCAAUAUCUCAAAGCAGCUGUUGAUAGUCUGUCUCGGGUUGUAGGAAUUAAUGAAACUUUACUAAUAGUGAGCCAUGACGGAUACUUUGAAGAAAUGAACAAGAUUGUGGAAGGCAUCAGAUUUUGCCAGGUGAAACAGAUAUUUGCUCCUUUCUCGCCCCACGUCUUUCCCAAUAGCUUUCCAGGUGUUUCACCAACAGACUGUAAGGAGAAGGAUGAUGCAACAAAGAAACAAUGCAAAGGGACUCCUGAUCAGUAUGGAAACCACCGGUCCCCGAAGAUAGUGUCAUUAAAACAUCAUUGGUGGUGGAUGAUGAACACGGUGUGGGACGGAUUGAAGGAGACCAAGGAUCACAGUGGUCAUAUUCUUUUCAUAGAGGAGGACCACUAUAUUUAUCCCAAUGCAUAUCGUAACUUACAGAUACUCACUGAAUUGAAGCCUCAGAAAUGCCCUCAUUGCUAUGCUGCAAAUUUAGCACCUUGUGAUGUGAAUGCAAGAGGAGAAGGUUGGGAUAGUUUGAUUGCAGAGAGAAUGGGGAAUGUGGGUUAUACAUUUAACCGGACUGUGUGGAGGAAAAUCCACAGAAAGACUACAGAGUUUUGUUUCUUUGACGAUUACAAUUGGGACAUAACAAUGUGGGCAACAGUCUAUCCCUCAUUUGGUAAUCCUGUUUUCACGCUACGAGGUCCUCGAACAAGUGCAGUACACUUUGGAAAAUGUGGUUUGCACCAGGGCCAGGGGGAGGCGAGAGCAUGCAUCGAUAACGGUAUGGUAAACUUUCAAGUGGAGGAGAUAGAUACGGUUGCAAACAUCAACUCAGACUGGGAAGUGCGAGUCUUUGAGCAUCAGCCAGGGUAUAAGGCUGGGUUCAAGGGUUGGGGAGGUUGGGGGGACAAGAGAGACCACCAAUUGUGCUUGACUUUUGCUCAGAUGUAUCAUUCAUAGACAAACAUAGCUUCUUCAGCAUCUUUUCAUCCGCAUUUUGUAACUGAACUGAUUUUAAAAAAAUGUGAGAGCUAAGGAUGCAUGAUUUGAUACAAGACUAAUAAUUAUUGAUCCCUUCCAAGGGCAAGACUCUUCUUCCGUCCUUAUUAGGAGCCGCGUGUCAUAAUCAUGUGCACUUGGCAUUUUUGGGCCAUACACAUGAUGUGGGGAUGUGAUUGUGACACGAGUCCAUUGUCAAACAUUUGUAAAUUUGGAACUAGCUUGCAUAGGGUUCAGUGACCACCCCACUUUGCAAGUCGUUGGAGUGCCUCGCAUCCACAUAGAUUUUUGAGAUUUUCCCAUUUCUUUGUAGUUGAACUUGGAUCAAUGCAAUUAAAUACAAUACACUACAGUACAAUACAAA